GACUGCGGACACAGUACAGGAGAUGACCAGAGACUGCGGACACAGUACAGGAGAUGACCAGAGACUGCGGACACAGUACAGGGGAUGACCAGAGACUGCGGACACAGUACAGGGAUGACCAGAGACUGCGGACACAGUACAGGGGAUGACCAGAGACUGCAGACACAGUACAGGGAUGACCAGAGACUGCGGACACUAGUACAGGGAAUGACCAGAGACUGCGGACAUAGUACAGGGGAUGACCAGAGACUGCGGACACAGUACAGGAAUGACCAGAGACUGUGAACAUAGUACAGGGGAUGACCAGAGACUGCAGCCACAGUACAGGGGAUGACCAGAG